UAGCGCGUGUAAAAUAUGGAAGGGAACAUAUCACACGUACAUACCUAUAUAUCCCACCAACCGACGUUCCAUCAUCUUCCUCUUCAUCAAUUUUCAGCUCAUUACUCUGCACCUUCCUUUUUUUUGUACUAAUAUUAUCUUUCCUUUUUUAUUAUCUUCAUUAGAUAAUAUUAAUAUUCCAUCACUUAUAACAAUUGCUUCUAUUUCUUUGUUGUAAUCUUUGUUAUCAAAAUUAUGGAUGAAUUUGGUGUGUUGGUUGAGAGAUAUGGAGUCAAAGUUCAAGGCGGAAAGUCAACGCCGAUGGCUAAUAUGAAGGCCAAAGCCAAUUCCGCCAAUGGAUUUCCAACGAAUAUCGGGUUUAAUUCGGGUCAAAAUCCGGGUUAUGAAUCCGAUUCAUUUGCGGAUGAUUUAGGUGGGAUUUUCCGGUCCAAGAGUAGGCAGAAUUAUGAUGAUAAUGAUAUAUUUGGCGGUGUUUUUGCGAAUUCAAAGGAACAGAAUAAUAAUAAUGUGGAUAUUGAAUCAGUAUUGGGAGGUUCAAUAAAUAAUAAAAAUGCAUAUGAUGAUUUUGGUACGUUUUGUAUGGAAACGAAGAAGAGUGAUUCGAUUGAUGAUUUAUUUGGGAAUUUGGGGUUGAAAUCGGAUGGUAAGAAGAAUGAUUCAGCUGGAAAGAGGUUAGAAAGUGACGAUUUGAUUCCGGGAUUUGGUGAUUUUAGCUCACCAAAUUAUGGCAGAAAACCAGACCCGAGAAGUCCUCAGCAAUCAAAUUCUUCUAAAUCAAGCUCCUCUUCACCAGAUGAUCCAUUUUUGGUUUUUGAAUCAUCCACCGGCGAGGCAAAUGCUUCUUCUUGGCCAUUUUCAGAAUCAUCAGAACAUCAUCCUCGAGUCAGCUCUGUGACAUCUUCAAUUGACGAACUUGAAGAUUUUGCCAAUUUUAAAGUUAGGAGUGAUGCAACUGAACCACUACAUGUUCCUAAAAAGGAUUCCCCCGUAAAGAAGCCAGUGGAGAGACCACAAGAGAAAUCCAAAAAUGUGAAAGUGACAAUCAACAAACCAAGCAAUACGACAAAGCCAAAAUCUGCAGCUGAGGGCCAUAUGUCGGCAGGUUUCCAUGAGAAGGGAAGGCCACAAGAAAAGAAGUCAUCAUUCAGUAAAAAGAAUGUGUCGCCUGUGAAAAACUUUGUCGACGACUUAAUGUCUUUUGGAGACUCUGCUCCUUCCUAUGAAGCAUUUCAAGAAGUUGUGGAUGAAAGUGAAGAAAGAAGAAAUGCUAGGUUGAAACAGCAUAAGAAGACCCAAGAGCGCAUGGCCAAGGCUUUGGCUGAGAAGACUCAGCGUGAUCUUCAGUCUCAGAAUGAGCAGGAAGAGAAGCAUAGGCUUGCUGAGACGCUGAACUAUGAUAUAAAACGUUGGGCUACUGGAAAGGAAGGCAACCUCCGUGCAUUGCUGUCGUCACUACAACAUGUAUUGUGGCCUGAAUGCGGUUGGCAGCCAGUUUCAUUGACCGAUCUGAUUACUUCUACAUCUGUCAAAAAAAUUUAUCACAAGGCAACUUUAUGUGUCCACCCAGACAAAGUUCAACAGAAAGGGGCCACAGUUCGGCAGAAGUAUAUUGCUGAGAAGGUUUUUGAUCUUCUCAAGGAAGCAUGGAAUAAAUUCAACACAGAGGAACUAAGAUGAGUUCGAACAGCUUUAAGGUCUCCUUACUGAAAGCAGAUGAUUAACUGCUGUCCCUUUGCUUGGAAGAAGCAACGAUGUAUGAGUGCUCUAAUUGUUGUGCGAAUUGGCUCAACUUUAAUGUUUUGGUGGACUGACACGAUAUUUAGUAGCUUCACCAGGAAUUAGUGCCAUCACGAAUGUGAAUGUUUACAAUCUCCGGCGAUGUAUUUAAAACGGAGUAGCUUUUGGUUCUUGGAGUUGUCAGAUAUAUGGAUAUCUUCAUCAGCAGCAGUAGGUUUUUGUGCAUAAUUCAUUGAUUUAGGUGAAACACCAUGGUUGGUGACAUGUUGCAUGUGAAACACCUAUCGGAGGUCAUAAUAUUUUGCUCCUUUUCUUGUGCAUGAACGCGUAUAUAUAGAUGUACCGGUUUAGAUUUCAA